AUGGACCAUUUUCCUUCUCACUGGGGCAAGCCUCGCUCUGAAAACGUUGAUGCCUAUAACACGGUGCCUUUGUAUCAAUCUGUUCCUGACCACUUAAGUCAAUCUGCUCAUGGACCUACCACUCACACUCAAGCACCUAUUGUUACAGGUACUUCAGUGCUUGCUUUUAAAUAUAGAGACGGCAUCAUGAUGGCUGCAGACAUGCUCGGUUCAUAUGGUUCCUUGGCUCGUUUCCGUGAUAUCAAACGAUUGUACCCUGCUGGUGAACAUACUGUAGUUGGUGCCUCUGGAGAUAUUUCAGACUAUCAAUACAUUCAACACCUUUUGGACUCUGUCAUGGUGAAAGAACAUUGCGCUGAUGAUGGACAUGUUUUAGGUACUCCACACAUCUACGAGUAUUUGUGGAGAGUUAUGUACAACAGAAGAUCUAAAUUCAAUCCUCUUUGGAAUGCUUUGGUUGUUGGUGGAGUGCACAAGGGCGAAAAGUUCCUGGGUUAUGUUGAUUUAAGAGGCACAACUUAUCAAUCAACAACAAUUGCUACAGGAUUUGGCUCACAUUUAGCACAACCUAUUUUGAGAAAGAAGGUUGAAGGAAGAGAGGAUGAAUUGACAGAGGAAGAAGCUAUUGAGAUAAUGAAUGAAUGUUUACGUGUCUUGUUCUAUAGAGAUGCUAGAUCCAUGAAUAAGUUUCAAAGAGCAAAGAUUACUGAACAUGGUUUAGAAAUCACUGAGCCUUAUUCAUUGGAUACUGAAUGGGCUUUUGCAGAAAACAUUCGUGGUUAUGGUGCUUAG